GUCUCCACGACAGUCGUACCAAGAAGGGGACGGGGUGAGGGAAGCUGAGGUCAAGCUGGAGCAGAUCCAGCUCCAGCAGGAAAGCCCAGAGAUGAUCCAGGAGGAGGAGGAAGAGAGGCUGUGCCAGGAGGAAAAGCAGCUCCCACAGCAGGAGGAGGAGGAAGGAGACAAGCAAGAGGAGAAGAAGAGGAGGAGACACGAAGACCCUGAAGAAGCACCAGAAAAACGCCAGAAAGCCCUGAGCCCUCUCAGCGUGGAGGAAGGGGAGGAAGAGGAGGAGGAGCCAUCCUCUGACCACACCACGGUGUGCUCCAGGAAGAUCACGGACAGAACUGAGUCUCUGAACCUCUCAAUAAAGAAAAGUACCAGCCCAAAGAGGUCUGAGGCUCCCCUCCCUGUGUCGAAGAUCAGCGACAGGCUGGAGCAGUACACCCAGGCCAUCGAGACGUCCACAAAGGCUCCAAAACCUGUCAGACAGACCUCUCUUGACCUGGGCACCACGAGCGUGGUGGUAGCCAGCACAAAAAGCCUCUGGGAGACUGGAGAGGUUGCAGCUCAGUCUGCUGUGAAGUCCCAGCCCUGUAAGGAUAUUGUGGCUGGAGACAUUGUGAGUAAAAGGAGCCUUUGGGAGCAGAAGGGCAAUCCCAAACCUGACACCAGCAUCAAGCCCACUCCUGGCAAAAAGUAUAAAUUCGUUGCGACAGGCCACGGCCAGUACAAGAAGGUGUUGAUGGAUGAUGCCACAGAGAAAUAA